AUGGAUAAACUCCUUAUUGUGAGUGCAAACCAGGGGAAGUGGUUCAAUCAAUACUUGAAUGAAUUUGCUGACACUGGAUUGGAUGUCACUGUUAACUUCAGGUCUGGUCGAAAGGUGCAGGAAAUUGACUCUGCAAUUGUAGAACAGACCUGUUCAUUCACUGAUGUGGUCCUUCAUCUUGGUACUAAUAAUAUUCCUGACCGCUUUGAUAGUCCACCAAUCAUUGUCAAGCGAAUGCAUGAUUUGGUGGGUAGGAUCUUGAUGGUUAAUCCCACCUGUAGGAUACACAUCACUUCAAUUUUGCCAAGGCAGAGAAACGAUUUCCAGUAUGGGACAGAGAGGCAGAGACAGUCCAGAGACUACCAAAGGCACAUGGAUUUCAUUGACUUCUGCAACAGCAAGGUAAAUUGCAUAAUAUUGAGGUGA